AUGGACAAAAAGAACCAAAACAAGUCUGCAGUGAAAGUCGUGGUCGCCCCAUCUGAACUUCUUCAUGAGCGUCAAAAGAAUUGGAAAUACAAAUCUCCGAGUGUUCUCUGGCUGGAGCUGAACUUUACGAUUCAAACAGCUCGAUUACAAACACUAAAGAGACACAAAUACCAGCACUUACAAGAACAAGCAUUGCUAAAAGCUCGAGACUUGCUUACUGAUCGAAAGAAACGAUCCCCUUUUGCAUCCAAAGACUUUUAUAAGCAAGCCAAUAUCAAUCUUGAGGCUGGAAAGCGGUUUUUCUACACACCUGAGGCUCUCACACUACGAUUUAAUCUGCGCAACCAUCCAGACGUGGUCAAUGCCAUUAAUAAACUCUGGUCUGUCGACCUUCCUCGAGACGAAUUGGGUUGUAUUGAUCAGCGCGGAUACACUUCUCUAUUUCGAAAAAUUGGACGAACGUUGGAACCCCAUGCAAGUAAGCAACGCCUUCGGAAUAUGGAAAAAAUAAUUCGAGAAGAUUGGAAUCGAGAUCGUAACGGCGAGUUAGUAAUGAGCUUCUCCUCCUUUUUUGACAGUAUAUUUGAAUUAGCAGAUAUCUGGUGUGAAACAAUGAAUGCGGAAGAUUACGUGACUUUUAUUCGAAACCUUGUGCUAGGAGUGAGCACCAUGCAAUCGAAUGUACGACAUGAAAAGAAUAUAGGGAAAAGAUUGUUGCGUUCGCAGAAACAGAUUUCUGCUACGGAUAGUUAUCACGAUUUUUCAACUUUAAUAAAGAUGGAUCGCUUAUCGAGAGUCGAAGACGAAAGUCAGUCUUAUUGUUUAAACGACAUGAAAGAAGAUGCUGCAUCGGUAAAAAUCGCAUCUAAAGAUUCGAUACAUGGAGUCAUUAAAAGAAAGUACCCAGCGAAGAACACUGACAAUCUGGAAAUUAGAUGUGAGCAGCGUAAUGUACUUGAGAAAUUACCUGAUUUGGAGGACUUUGAAGGCAACAUUUGGAAGUCAAGUGUUGAAGAGCGUGGAUCAAAUACAAAGUCUUUCAUGUUCCCUGCAAAUUCACAAGCUUUGAGAAUAAAAAUACGUGAGAACGAAUGUUUUGAUGACUAUACAGGCGAGGUCCUUGAUAACACAGUGACAACGCCAUCACAGCCUUUAAUUCAUCCCAAAAUGGAGUUGGAGAUGGCAACGAUUUGGCAGAAAUCACGUGUAGAUCUCGAUAUUGAUGCCGGCUACAAUAAUAUAAAAGGACUCCAAGAUGCUUUAGCAAGCUCAGCACAUCAGAUUGAAAUUGUAAAUGGAGACACACUAUUGCCAGACGAAUAUUACAAUAUGGCGACAAUAAAUAGUGGACGCAGAACUUCGUUGUCUUCUCCAUCAAAACUUCAGUCAGUGAACUGCGUAAAGCUCGACAAAAUUAAUGCUGAUGCACCUUUGGCGAAGCAAAAAAGUAAGCAACAGACUCGACUACCAAAGACUUCAUUCAAGGUGCCUGAAGGUACAAAAAAUUCGCAAUCUGGACACGAUAAAGUGGUCAGAAAGAAUAUCCGGGCGAAUCUUGUGUCUCAGUCGCUGCCCCACUUAUCACACGAGCACGAGUUCAACCCUCAAGCCUUAAACAUUACAAGUUUAAACUGCAAUAGAUCGGUAAUCAAACUCAAAGACAACUUGGUACAUUUGGACCUGCCGGACUCUCAAAAUCAAUGCGCAUUCUCAAAGGAAUUGCGCGAUCCUUUUUUAUAUGGUGCUUGUGAUUGCUGCUCUAGAAAAAUCGACAGUAGCAGAAGCAGUGAAUGUCAACUUUGCACUGUCAUCAACGAUGAUUCCAUUGAGUGUAGUCAGCGCUAUAACAUGAUUGAAAGUCAAGUACGAGACGAAAAGAAAUUACUUAAGUUUGGUUUUGCUGGCAAGGUGAGAGGACGAUUUUACCCUCUUAGCAAGAGGAUCCAGAAAAGAUAUGACAAGAACGAACAAAGUGCCAAACGUCUACGUAAACAGUCUCCAGACGAUGACAGCGGCACAAUUUCUCCGUGGGUAGUAGAAUCUUGCCAUCAAGAUGAUCAUAAUCAUACUUGUAUUCAUUCUUGUCCUUGUCACCAACAAGGCGACGAUCAAGUACAGAUUUUGGAGAAUGCGACUUUAAAUAAAAUUCUAGUCACUGGGGCAUCAGCACCUGCCAAAGUGAUACUAGGUUCACGAAAGGAUUAUGCACUCGUGGUCGGUAAAGAUCUUGUUCGAACAGAAGCUCGAAAAGAUACUUCCAGUCUACUCCGGUCCAAUGUGCUAUCGGACCUGACAAGCCAAUCGUUGCUACUUGAUAAAAUUCAACCUUAUCGAUAUACUCUGGGGGUUAAAAUCGAGGAUCGGACAGUUUUAAGCUCACCGUAUGCGAAAGUUACCGCUUUGGCCUCUAAAGAUAAUAGUCGAGAGAGGAAAGCAGAAGAGACCGAGGAGGCAAGACAGUUUUCACGAAUGAUUAAACGAUCUGAAGGAUACGAGGGACGAGCUAUCACAGCAGCGUCGCCAAUCCUUCGCAUGGAUAAAGUCCAGACCCAAUGCUAUUUUUCUUCCGAGGAAGAAGAUUACAGUGCGUUAUCCCACAUAAAACCGCACACUAAAGCUGGAAACUGUGUUAAGAUUCGGCAAGACGAGAACAAACUGAACUUGAAAAAAUUGGUUGAGGAAGACGCUGAGUUUCAAGACGUGACGGUCAUUGUCAAUGCAAACCGGAAAAUUGUACUGCGUCCUGGUACAAUGGAUCAAAUGGCUGCAAAGCAGACACUAUAUAAAGCGCAAGCAAUCAGAUCUGAGAUGAUGCGACGACGUUUUCAAUAUGCGUUUGGAAAGAGUCUUGGGUUAGAAGACGAAACUUAG